AUGAAGCUCCCAGUCCUCGCAGCUUUCCUCUCCGUCGCCAACGCCGCAGAGCUCGUUCUCCACCACCGUGUUUUCCACCCCGACCUUCCCUCCCAGCAGUAUCGCAAGAGGUCCACCGUGUCCCUCGAUACCGCUACAGCAGAGCACGUCCCUACCUUUGCCCAAGAUUUGGCCGCGUUCGCGGACGCCGUUCGAACUUUAGACCGCGACGCCGAGGUGCUGUAUCAAGUCGCAUUGGAACAUGAGGGCGAUUCAUCAGAGGCCUUGUGGGACUACUCGUCAGUGAAAGCCUGCUAUCUGAGUAAAGCUACAGCAGACACAAUUCUACUUCAUCUUCCAAGCGGACAAGACAAUUCACCCUUUGCCAUUGAUUACUUUGUGUCACCUAUACCUCACGAUGGCUCAUGUCCGCAAACCAAGUCAAAGACGAGUUCGCCUGCGUCAUCCCUCAAGGCUUUUUCUAACAAAGUUCAACGAUUGAACUCGACCGUUCUACUGAGACAGCCAACAACACCUCCUCUACCUGAGCUUAGAGCACCACCGCCUCUCACACCCGAAGGGCAAGUCGUAAAACCCGUCCCGGAGAAAUCGUUCAUCCAGAAAUACUGGAUGUAUAUUGUUGCCGUAGUCCUCGUUCUCGCGGUCGGAUCUGGUCCUGAAGAACCUGAGCAGCCAAAGCGAGGAGGAGGAGGAGGGGGUGGUCAGUGA